AUGUCUCUCUCUUCUGUCUACCUAACGGAAACUUUCUUUGAACUCUCCAACGGUUCAUUUCCCGUCCCCUUCCGUGGGACUUCUACAGCCCAAUCUAAGGGCAACUGUAACGAGUACUUAGCUAAGGAUUAUGGAAGCUGUCGAAUGGAGGAAAAGCAAGGGGCGGGUAGAGGGCCUCAAUCCCCAACAAGCGAAGCUCCAAAAGGGAUGGGACAAUACAGGGGAAGCUCUGUUCAGCUUUUUGGGAAAGGGACAAUAUGGAAGCCACCGGAUUUGCGGGAGAAUAUCUUCCAAUGUCAGAAUAAUAAAAGGAGAAGAGGGAAAAGAGGGAGUAGAAGAUCUAGGAAGAUCUCUGAUGCAAUUUAUGGCACGAACUGGGGGCAAGAAGAAGGAAUCCUUGAGCCAAGAGCCCCUGCAACAGAUGGGGAAAAACAGAGGAUGGGAAGGAUCAGUCAAGAAGAGUAUAAUGAAUGCUUUGACAGGAGAGGCAACCAUCCCCAGCAAGAGGACAAUGGAAAGAGCAGACAGAUGAAUAGCCUUAAAGAGGGCAGAGAAGCUUACCUACGAAGGAGAAGCCAUAAAGAAGACGAGGAAGAGAGAAGGGUAUAUGCUUGUAUAAAGAGGCUCCAAAUAGACUCUCCCUUCUACCUAAAAAUCCAGCUUCUCUACCCUGAAAAGACACAACCCUUUGCAAAGUUCCAGCUUCUCUACCCUGUAAAAACUCAACCCUCGGAAAUAGAAAGUUACCUUCUGCUUAACAUGGAAACCAACAGAAGCCUCAUAUCAUCUUCAUCAAAAGGCAGAGAAGGACGCCCAAACCUGUCAUCUUCGGGAGGGAGGGGAAUCGCCAUGUUGCUGGGGAAAAUGCUCACAGAGAACAAGGUGGCUCUGGCAAAGGCAGCGGGUGCAGCACGCUAUGCCUGGGGAGGGUAUGGGGAGGUGAAUGUCCAACCCACUGAUUCGCAAAAUCUCUUCUUAUUCACUUUCAAUAAUGAGGAGACAAGGGAACGAAUAUGGAGGGACAGACCAUGGAGCUUGUCCAAUACGUUGACAGCGAUAGAGAAGUACAAUGGAAGAGGAAAACCAGAAGACACAACAAUGGAGAAGCUGGCUAUGUGGGUGCAGAUCCAUGGAUUGCACCAAAAUCAAAGGAUCGAGAAGAAUAUGGUGUCGAUUGGAACCUAUUAUUUCCAGGGGCUGCUCGAUAUCGAUAGAGCUAGCCUAGAUUUCAAUGGCUAUAGAAGGUUUCUGAGGAUAUUGGUGGAGGUUAAUCUCGAAGAACCUGUUCCUACAGGGUUCGAUUUCCCCUUUACCGAUGAAGCCACAGGGAUCGAGCACUGUGAUGUGAUUGAGUUCAAAUACGAAAGGCUAGUGGAGCUAUGCUAUUUCUGCGGAAGAAUCGGCCAUAAUUGGCCAUCAUGUUGGAGGAUGAAUGAGGAGAGGAGGAAAAACGGAGUCGCCUACCUAUCGGAUAUCUACAAUUCAUCUCUGAAGGCAGGCAUCGACUCUCCCCACAGGCAGCACUCCUCGAGCAACAGAAGCAGUAGGGAGGGGGGCAGGAACACAAAACUCGUCCAUUGGGAGAGACAGAACAAGAUCGGAAAGUGUAGCCAGAUCGGGAGGGGAAGAAUCGGGCGGCACGACAACGGGAGGAAGAAGCUCGGAGGGGUAUCAACUGAUCCCGCCGGGUUUUACAGUCCGAAGGUUGGAACAAGAGGUCCAAGAAGAUGA